AUGACAAGCCUAAAGAGCUUACAGAAUCUGCGUCAUGCUUUCACUUGGAAUAUGUUGAUAGCAUACGCUCUCAUUGCCACUAGUGUCUUUAGCUAUGGUUUUGACGACGCUGUUUACUCGACUAUCCAGACUAUGGACUCUUUCGAGAAACAAUUCGGCACCUACGAUAACUCUACUGGGGAAUACGGAUUCAGUACCCAGCAUUUGGCCUUCCUUAAUUCCCUCGGUCUGCCUGCGAAAGCAGCUGGCACAUUCAUCGGAUGGGCAAUUGGAGAAUACUAUGGACGUCGAGCCUGCUUUAUCGGCAUGCAGCUGAUGUGCAUUGUUGGUAUCUCAGUCAGCUACAGCGCGACAACUUUUGGUCAGAUCCUGGCCGGGCGGAUGAUAGUGCAGUGUUUCAUUGGCUGGGAGGACUGGCUUGUGCCCAUGUUCCUCGCUGAGAUCAGUCCUAGUGUGGUACGUGGGGCGACGGUGGUGAUAUACGUCUUUGCCCACAUGUUUGGCUCAUUUAUUUGUGCUAUCAUCACGUAUGAAACGGCCAAGUUAGAGGGAAACGUUGCUUGGAAAAUCCCGAUCGGUGUGAUGUGGGCGUUUCCCUGCUUCAAUCUGCUCUGUAGUUGGCUUGUGCCAGAAAGCCCUCGGUGGCUUGUCCGAAAGAACAAAAUCCAGGCGGCGACGAAACAGCUCGAAUAUCUGAACAAGGGGAAGGAUAUAGAUGUUGCUGAUGAAGUGGCUUUCUUGCAGGCGUCUGUAGAGGCAAACGCACAGACAAAAGGUUCCUGGGCCGAACUUCUCCAGGGGACCAACCGAAGAAGGACAAUGAUUGCAGUCAUGACGGCGGCUUUCAACCAACUGACCGGACAAGCCUUCGUCAGUCAGUAUGGCAGUCUGUUCGUCAAAUCCCUAAAUGUCAUGAACCCGUUCGCCUUCACGCUAUUAUCCCGGGGCAUCUCGACCAUGGGUCCUCUAGUUACCUUCUCCUUAGUUGACACUACUGGAAGACGACCCAUAUACCUGAUUGGCGGUACCAUGACCACCGCCCUGCUCAUGACUUGUGGUGGACUAGGGACAGGCACCAUAACCGAUGGCAAAAAGCGUGGAGUUUGCGGGGUGCUCAUGAUGUACGGGCUGUUCUACAUCAUGUCAUUCGGGUCUAUUUCCGUAAUCACAGGCGCAGAAACACCCCAUCUCCGACUCCGCGAUAAGACCUCGGUUGUUGCCUGGCUUAUCCGCAUUGUAUGCGACUUUGCAGUCUCCUACUCUCUUCCAUACCUACUCAAGGCCCCAUAUGCCGAUCUCCAGUCCAAGGUUGGCUUUAUCUAUGGAUCCCUUGCAGCCCUGGGAGUGGUUUGCGGAUAUUUCUUCCUUCCCGAACUCACAGGACGCUCCCUGGAGGAGCUGGAAGAGAUGUGGCAGCGGCGCAUCCCUGCGCGAAAGUUCGCUGACUGGGACUCAGACCGCACCGGAAGUAUUGAAGCAAAAGAGGGCGGAACAGAGGAGGAUGCUGAGAAGGCCAAAGGAGGACUGUCUCAGGCAUAUGCCAGUGUCCGAGCCGCCUUCACCUCGGGUCGCACGAAGAGCAAAGAUUGGAGACGCCAUCAGCUUAAGAGAGCCUGGUGGAUGGUCGAGGACAACAAGGGCCGCAUUCUUGAUGCCCUUCGCGCCGACUUGAACAAGCAUCCUCUGGAAGCUAUGCUGGGGGAACUUACGGGCCUCCAAAAUGACAUUCUGCGUACCCUUGACAAGCUAGACGAAUGGACGAAGGAUGAGAAGCCUACACGAUGGGAUCCCAUCAACUUCCUGGGCGGAACUGUAGUCCGUCAAGAGCCAUUGGGCGUGUCAUUGAUUAUUGGCGCCUGGAACUUUCCUUUCAUGUUGACACUACAACCCUUGGUCGCUGCCAUUGCCGCUGGCUGUGCGGUGGUUCUAAAGCCAUCUGAGGUUGCACAAGCCUCUCAGGAUCUCCUGAUGGAAAUCAUCCCUAAAUACCUGGAUCGCGACGCCAUUCAAUGCAUCAGUGCAGGGCCUUUUGAAAUGAAGCAUAUUCUUGAAACUCGGUUCGAUCACAUCUUCUACACCGGAUCUGCAAAAGUAGCCAAGAUUGUCUAUACUGCUGCUGCCAAAUAUUUGACGCCGGUCACUUUGGAAUUGGGGGGCCAAGGGCCUGCAAUUGUUGCUCCUUCUGCGGACAUUGACCUCGCGGCGAAACAUGUCGCUUGGGCUAAGUUUAUGAACGCUGGACAGGUUUGCAUUAACGUGAAUCACGUCCUCAUCGACCCCAGCAUACGUGAAGCUUUUGUAACAAGACUGAUCCACUACUUUGAUGAGUUCACUGGCGGUCGAGAGAACCAACCAGACUACUGCAGUCGCAUCAUUAAUGAGCGAAAUUUCGAUCGUCUUGAGUCUCUUCUCGAUAGAACAUCUGGCAAGGUCAUUUACGGUGGCAUUCGCAACCGCCAAACUCGAUACUUCGGACCUACCAUUGUCGUGAACGUCAAUCCUGAUGAUUCCCUUCUAUCUGAAGAACUCUUCGGUCCCAUUCUACCCAUCAUUGACGCGGACCUUGAUACCGCCAUCUCUUUCACUCGCAGUAAUGAGCACCCCUUAGCCCUCUACGCCUUUACCAACGUUGAGUCGGAGAAGACACGCAUUCAGAACGAGACUGCUUCUGGUGGUGUGACCUUUAAUGACUGUAUCCUUCAUGCCGCUGCUCUUGAUGCACCUUUUGGCGGUGUAGGAAACUCAGGUAUUGGUUCCUACCAUGGCAAGUACGGAAUCCUUGCUUUCUCGCAUCUUCGCACGUAUGCGAACGCUAUUCCAACUUGGAUGGAAGGGGUUAUGGGUGCGAGAUAUCCUCCUUAUUCUGACGCAAACAUGACGAAGCUAUCACCGCCUGUCAAGGCGCCUUUUGAUCGAGAAGGGAAUGAUAUAACUUCUCGCAGCAAAUUUCUGAGUACUGCGGCCACUCUGGCAGUUCUUGGUUUUUCAGUUUGGAUGUUCGGAGCGAGGGAGAAGCUACCGCCUUAUGCAAAGAACUGGUUGAGGAAGUGA